AUGGGUCGUCACUGCUUCUACGUUUACUAUGAUGGGGAACAAUAUUUCCAUGACUUGCAUGGGCUGUCCUAUAAAGGCGAGUCAGUGAAGCAGAAGUUCAUUGAGUUGAAAUGGGGAACACACUUGAGAAAAAUGCACCGGAAGAUAAUGGAAGCUCUACGGUUGGACAAGGAGUCACAUAAGAUAUCCAUUGUGUACCGUGCCCCCCAGAUACUUGUUAGUACUCAGGUUGUCUACAACUCAAAUCCGUUGGGUUGCAAUGCUGACGUGGACAUGAUGUGGGCAGUGAUUAAGCGGACCCCCCAGUUCAUAGCGUCCGACUUGUAUGUAACUGUUGAGGCUGUUGGGUUCCAUGGUAGUGCAAGUUCACAACAUGCCAGUGGGGUGGAAGAGCCACACUCAUUGUCGGUUGACGUGCAUCCUCCCUUUGCCUAUGCCACGCCUUUCCCCUACAAUAAUGAACCAUGUAGUGCGGUUGAUCAUUUGGACAACACCGAAGUGGUGGGCGCCACCAAUACACAUGAUGUGGGAGGGUCUACUCACACAUAUGAGCAUGUCCAAGCUGAUAUGGACGGCGGAAUUGAUAUUGAUGGCAGCCGAGAUGUGUAUGAAGAGUUCAUUGAUAUUGAUGGACCAGUGGACAACGCGGAGGUCUUAGAUGUACCACUGAUCGAAAAUAACGAGGAGGAUUGCCUUACAACAGUUCCUAUCCCAGAAUGGUUCACAUCAAACACAUGGGACAAUAUUAAUGACCCAUCACCUGCAUUGGGUACAGGACAUCUUACAAAUUGGCAUAAAGAUGACCACCCAGCAAGGGGGAUGCUAUUCAAGAAUAAAGCCUCUGUUCAAUAUGUGUUGACCCUCUACUCUGUGGAGCAUAAUAAGCAAUACAAGGUCAUCAAGUCUGACACCAAUAGGCUGGUAGUGCGGUGUAAGAAUGAGGCAUGUCUGUGGUCAAUUCGGGCCAAUUGCAGCAAGAAGCACGAGAUGUGGGUUAUUAGUACAUGUAAGGGUCCUCAUAGUUGCUCAUCCCUCUAG